AUGACCUACGUACCUUUGACGGUGACAUGGCCCAAUGAAGAUACCACGGUCGUGUCUUCACGCGUGGCAGUCUCCUACGCGCUUCCCCAAGCCAAUGAGGACGCCACCGUCCGCAUCCUCGACGGCUCCUUUGUGAACGAAACUCAUUGGGUCAGCACAUAUCUCUGUGAGGGCUGCAGUCAGUGGGACCUGGGCGCGAACCCGGGAGAGCUGGAUCCCAGUGGCGAGAACGUGGUAGGCUGGGCGUACUCGGACACAGCUGCCAACAACCCCGAGUCCGAGGACUCGACCUUUAGCAUGCAUGAUGCGGCCAUACUCUUUUAUCUGGAGUUUGCCUCUGCGCAGUCUCCUGAUUUUGAAGAAUGGGCUGGCGAAGUUCCUCCCGAGCCGACGCCCACGACCAGCGGCACAACCACUUCAGCAACCUUAACACCUACCAGCCCCCCUAUCCCUUCAGAGCCUGUCCGUGUCCCCUCCAACUGUGGCGAGACCAGUCUCUUCCCUCUGGAGGCUGCUGACGGCUGGUCGUUCGUCAAGCUUGCAGGAGAUUUGACAACGCCUCGUGGAAUCGCAAUCGAUGGCCUCGGCAGUCUCCUGCUCGUCGAAGCAGGUUCAGGGCUUUCCGCGCACACCUUUGGCAGUGACGGCUGUAUAGCCGGCUCCAAGACCCUCAUUGAGCGCCGUGGCCUCACGCAUGGCGUUGCUCUCGCCCCCGGUGGCAGGACUCUGUACGUGUCGUCCAUUGACACCGUCUGGAAGUACGACUAUGACCCGGAGACCCAGACUGUCAGCAACGAGAAGGUCGUUGUCGCCAACAUGUUUCCCUCCUCGCACUCCACCCGCACUCUACUCGUUCCCCCUGACACCCCUGAUCUGCUCGUUGUCAGCCUCGGGAGCGACGGCAACCUGGACAUGCCCGCGGUCAACAAGGAGGUCGGCCGCGCCAUUGUCAAGGUCUUUGACAUGGCUGAAGCGCCCGAGGAUGGAUACGACUACUCCACGCAGGGCUGGUUCCUCGGUUAUGGUCUCCGCAACGAGGUUGGCCUGACCACGGACAACAACAACAUGGUCUGGGGUGUCGAGAACUCGGCCGACGAGUUUUCCCGCACCAUUGACGGCGAGGAGUACGACAUUCACGAGAACAACCCCUCGGACGAGGUCAACUUCCUGGGAGACCCGUCCGUGUCGAACGAGAACUGGUACGGAUACCCGACCUGCUUCACCGUCUGGGGCGGCGACGAGUUCCCGGGAAGCCAGCCGCCCGCGACGGGCGCCCAGUUCAUCCCGGCUCCCAACGACACCUUUACCGACGCCACGUGCGAGGCGCGCUCCGUGGCUCCGCGCCUGAACUUCCAGGCGCACUCGGCACCCCUCGACGCCAAGUUUGACCGUGAGGGCAGCAACAUGUACGUCUCCCUCCACGGCUCCUGGAACAGGGAGGUUCCCACGGGGUACAAGGUUGUCUCUAUUCCCUUUACGACCAAUGACGCUGGUGAAUAUGAGCCCGUGGCCGCGCCAGACAGCAAAGAUGGGUUUGAUAAUAUCCUGUGGGAUCCCCAGGAGGACUGCAACAGCAGCAAGUGUUUCAGGCCGAGUGGCUUGUCGUGGGAUCUGGAGUACACGAGGCUGUUCAUCGCUAGUGAUAACUCCAGGGAGGGCGAGUUGUACAUUUUGUACAAGACAGGCUAG